AUGCCCACUGAUCAUAGUGAUAAAAACACAAAUCAAGAGUCCGUGGAGGAGGCUGUUUUGAAAUAUGUCGGUGUAGGCUUAGAUCACCAAAACCAUGACUCUCAAUUGCAUGCGAAGGAUCUGGAAAACAAGCACUCAAAAAAGCAAAAUAGCGUUGAUGGCAGCAGUGAUGUCGACACUAACGACAAUGACGACAGCAAUAGAAAUGACGACAAUAAUGAUGACUCAGCAAACAUCAGCGCAUUGAACGCGAAUGAACCGUCAUCGAAUGCAGAUAAUGUCAACUCGAAUGAACAGCAUAAUGCUGUCAUGGAUUGGUAUUUAAGACAAACGGCACACCAUCAACAGGACGACGACGAUGAAGAAAACGACAAUAGUAACGAUGACGACGGCAAUGACAGUAAUAAUCACUUUUCUCAGUCUGACAUGGUCGUGGAUGACGACGACGAUGACGACAAGAAUAAGAAAGGUGCGAGUGUCAAUGUGGACAAUGAUCACCAAUCUAUGGCCAUGGCUGCCGUGGCAGCUGCUUACACACUAUCGAAAAACAAUAACAACAACGGCAACAGCAACAGCAAAAGACAGCAUGACAAUGUAAAUAGCCAUGAAAACUCCAAGAAAAAGCAGAAAAACAACAACGAUGACGAUGAUAAGCAAAUCGGCAAUGUUGAUCCGGAACUAACGACUUUAGGUGAUGCAGAUGACAAUGAUACUAAUAAUGAUGUCAUUGAUCGUGACCAACUGGUUCAUAAGGCUAUCAUCGAUGCCGAUUCGAUCACGCAACAUCCUGAUUUUCAGCAAUACUUAAACACCGCUGCUGAUACAGAUGAUAACGAGAAACUGAAGCACAUAAAAGAUCACUUGAUGCGUGCUCAGAGUUUGAACCAUCAGAACAAAAAUGAUAACGACGAUAGAGAUGACUUAUCAAACAAUACUAAGCAAUACUCUGAGCUACAAAAAGAUUCCAUGUUGGACAAUUCCCUCAAUAAAUCCAGAAAUUAUAUGGAAGUCUUGCCAAAAGUCAUAUCUCAAGAUGCUCAACAACGUCAACAAAAGUCACCUUCUCACGAUAAUGAAGCUGGUAAUGUGGACAACUCAGAAAUAUCUCAACUACUUCAGUCAGCCGCCACAAAGGCUUCGUCUUUAGUAUCUUUAUCCUCAUCCUCUGCCACACCAUCCACUUCAAGAUCGAACAAUAGCAAAGCUUUCGAUAAAGCUGAAGACGCCGCUUUAGAGAGGUUUAUCAAUGAGUAUGAAGCCAUUGAACGUUUAACUAGGCAACAAGUCUGUGAGAGGAUAUGGAGCUCUGACAGGCCAAAGGACAAUUUCUGGAAUAACAUCUACAAAGUCCUACCUUAUAGAUCAAGUUCCUCCAUUUAUAAACAUAUGAGAAGAAAAUACCACAUCUUUGAACAGCGUGGUAAAUGGACUUCGGAGGAGGAGCAAGAAUUGGCUAAAUUAUGUGCUGAGAAGGAGGGCCAAUGGGCCGAAAUAGGUAAAACUUUGGGGAGAAUGCCAGAAGAUUGUAGAGAUCGUUGGAGAAACUACGUAAAAUGCGGUACCAACAGAGCAUCAAACAGAUGGUCUGUUGAAGAAGAAGAGCUUUUGAAAAAAGUCAUCAGUGAUAUGUUGGAAGAAGCUCAACAUCAGCAGUCUCAAUUACACCCUAAUUUGUUAGAAGAAGAGCAGAACCUACUAGAAGAUGAUCAAGAUGAUCAUCAUAAUGACGAGGACGACGAGGACGAUUCGGCUUCUGCUGCUGCCGCCGCGGCAGCUGCUAUUCAAGAACAGCAGCAACUACUACAACAAAAGCAACAAGACGAUGAUGACGCUAUUGCAGCCGUUGCUGCCGCUGCUUCCUCAUCUCUGGGAGAUAGCAAUAAAGACGAAAAUAAAUCACACGAUUCACUCGGUAUUCAGCUGGAUGAAAAUACCCAGAAUUCGAUAAUACCUGCACCAUCGGCAACAAGUACACACUCCAAAAGCUUGUCGAACACAAUAAGACGCCAUAAUAAUAAACUAAGGAAAUCUUUAAUGGGUAAUGGCAAGUUAGAUUUUAAGGAUAUAAUCAAUUGGACCAUUGUCAGUGAGCGCAUGGGUGGUACAAGGUCACGCAUUCAAUGUCGUUAUAAAUGGAAUAAACUAGUUAAGAGAGAAGCCAUUGCGAAAAUCCAAACUGUAAAAGAUGAUGAUAUGCUAUGGAUUUUUGAAAAAUUAAGAGAUUUGGGUAUAACGGAGGAUUCACAAGUGGAUUGGGAUGAACUUGCGGCUUUAAAACCUGGCAUGAAAUUGAAUGGGUUAGAACUGAAGUUGUGUUAUGAAAGAAUGAAGAAAAAGGUUAAGGGUUACAAGCAAAAAUCAAUCAAUGAAAUUAGUAAAGAGCUAGUUGAUUAUUUUAGCUCCAAUAUUUCAAUGAAAACAGAAGCUUAA